AUGGGUGCCAUCACCCCGACCCUGUCAGGAAUGCAAGGGAGGACCCUGGAGGCCAACACCCUGCAGGUGACUCUGGGCAGCCUGGAAGGAGGUCAGGACCAGAGCAGCGGCAUCAUUUUUGGGUUCGCGACACUCCUCGCUGUCCUGCUGGUCAUCACGGCUUCCUGCAUCCUGUGUACCUGGAACAAACGGAAGAAGCGUCGUGUCCCCUACCUGCGGGUCACCGGCAUGCCCUCACUGACUCUGCCUCGGCCUGGACAGCGAGCCAAAAAUAUUUAUGACCUCUUGCCUCCAAGGCAAGAAGACCUGGGAAGAUGUCAGUCCAGGAGCAUCCGUGUCUUCAGUACCGAGAGCCUCCUCUCCAGAAACCCUGACCCCCCUGGGCACGUGCCCUCCCAGGCGAGCAGCACCCUGCAGGGGCACGGAGCCCGUAUCCCCACCGUGGGGUUCGCAGUGGGUAUCUACGACAACGCCCCCGUGCCCCACGCGUGCCAGACCCUGGUGCCGGCGGCGCACCACGCCAACGACGGGGCCCCCGGACAGCGGACGAGCUCUGCUUCGGAGGACGCCAACGACUACGUGAACGUCCCCGCGGCCGACGCGGCUGCCGAGCCCCCCGCCUCUGCCUGCGGCGCCCCCGGAUGCUGCUUCGCUCAGCACGGCGCCCAGGGGCUGGGGUUCACCGAGGAAAGCCACGAGGGCUGUGGCGAUGCCGGCGACUACAGCACUCUCUGGUGUCCAGCUGACCCGCUGAGCGAGGGGGACAGCUGCUCCCAGGCCUCGGAUGACUACGUCAACAUGGCCGGGCUGGAGCUCGCGGGCAGCCAGGAGGCACAGCUCUGGGCGGCCUUGCAGCGCUGCGGGGAUGAUGGAAAUGUGGCCCCGGCUCAAGCGGACGGCAGCCAGCAGCCGGCUGGGGGAGAGGCCACCUCCUCCACCCCAGACGGCGCAGCGGCGGGCAGGGCGCAGGGUCCAGGGACCCACCUCCAGCCUGUCUCAAGGAGGCUGCUGGCUUCAGGGGAGGUUGUGGCCUUUCAGCCACCCGCUGAGAGCGAGAGCUGUCAGCUGCAGCGCGAGAGGACGUCCAGCGAGGACUCAAGUGACUACGAGAAUGUGCUGGCUGUCCAGCCGGGAGGCCAAGACGCUGGCAUCUGGCUCCCUCCUGACCAGUUAAGGCCCAGGCACCCGACAGGAACGCCCCGUGACACCCUCUGUCCUGCCGGCUCCUUACCUGCUGAGGAGCCUCAGGGAGACUCUGGGCCACCCUAG